ACUGAGUCUGGUAAAAAGAGAGGCAAGUUUUAUUGAAAUUGUACUAAUAUCAUUUUAGAGUUAUGAAUCAGCAGCUAUUGUAAUUUACUGUGUGUAAUGGCCAAAUGAAUUGAGCAGUUUUUCCUCUUGCUUUAUCAAUUAUUAAUUAUACUCUGCACUUGCAUUGAUGACAUUUUACAGGGAAAGUAAUUACAGGACACUCAUUAGGAAAUUAAUCACUAAUAGAGAGUUGUUGCCAACAAUGCUUUAAAUUUAAAUAUAGAGCUGAUAGGAUGAGUCUAGAGAAAUCUAUUUGCCAAUGGUAGUGAUAAUUGUAGAACUCACAUUUUAAUGCAAAUAUGUGUUAGUCUUUACAACUCUAUGAAUAGUUGGGAAUGCUGAGUCUGAUUUUCCAAUUAUAGUGUUCCUAUUUUCUUUAUUUCUGUACAUCGUUUGUGGACACUAGCGCCUACAUUUUGAAGCCAAUUUUCAACAAUUCAUACACCUGUAUGUUGUACCUGUUUGGCACAUUAAAGGAGAGGGCGGGUCACAGGCUGGAAAGGUAAUGCCUCAUCAUUUCUCAAUCUUUUCAAUUCAUAUAUUGGAAUUGGAUCAUUAAGGUAAUUCUAGCUAAAAUCAAAAAAAAAUUAUCAUAUUUUUUAUACUUUUCAAAACAUUCAAACAUUCCUGCAGACAAAGAUUUCCAUUAUAAUAACAAAACGUCUCACCUUGCAGCUCUGGACAUGUGUUCCUCAGCUCUGCACACAGCCAGUUGAGAAGUGGACAGGGAAGCUCUUCGCAUUUACACCGUGUCAGACAGGACCUGCUCAGGUACCUGCACAGGAAGGAGCAUGGAGCAUGGACAGGAAGUGAAGCAACAAGACACAGAAACCAUUCUCAACACCAGAAACUGUUCCUGCUGAUGCAGGCAGAGCAGCUAAUGCGGGCGUCAGUGGAGUUGGUCUGGCUCAAAGACGGAGUUACAGUUAUGGAGCGACUAAACGGCUGGAGCUUCAAGUCCAAGAAGAUGGACCUGGAUGAGGACUUCUACUUCGACUACGGAGCGGAGGAAAUAACAGAUUAUCAAGACCCCAGUGAACUUGUGUUGGCUUUGAAACAAAAGGAGGAAGAGGUUAUUUUGGCAGCGCAGCUGGGAAACGCGCUGCUCCUGGAAAACCGACAGUUGAAAGAGCGGAGCGAAACACUUCAUGAACAGUACGCAGACAAACUGGAGGAGCUGGAGCAGGGCAGACAUGAGCUGCGGCUGAAGCUGCAGGGUUGCCAGUCCCAGUGGGAGAGCCAGGUGGGGGAUCUGGAGAGAGAUGUGAGGGAGCUGCGUGCUCAGGUAGAGCUGCUCACACAGGCACUCGGCGAGGCCGAGAGGGACAAGAGUCGAGCCCAGCUGGAGCACAGCGAGCACACGCAGCGUCUCAGGCAGGAGCUGAACACGGCAAUGGAGGUGGAGAGAGCCGUGUCCAGUGAGCUGCAGGCUCUAAAACAGGAGCUCCAACAGAGACGAAACCACAGCCGACCUGAAGACGAGGAGCUGAUCAGUGCCAUGAGGGAGCAGGUCCUGCGUCUCAGCCAGAAGGAACAGGUGUUGGAGGAGCGUUUGAGGAGUGUGUCUCAAGAGAACACUGAGCUGAGGGCGAGUUUGGCCUCUUUACACACACGUCUGGCUCUGCACGACCAAGUCAAACAGCAGCACAGUCAGCAGCUGGCAGAGGCGUGGCAGGAGGUGGAGGUGGCACGAGAUCGCUCACAGCAGCUACAUGUCCAGGUGGAGGAACUUCAGGAGGAGGUGUCACUUCAGGAAUCCAGGAGCCAAGGAGAUGCCUCCCUGCUGUCGGAGCUGGAGAGCAGCCUGGAGACGGCAGCACUAGGAGUCAGCAAAGAAGAGAUAAUACAAGAAAUGGGGUCCAUUCUCCAGUUGCUCCUGCCACUGACCCAGGACACGAACAGCUCAGAUUUCCUGUAUCAACAGGACGACCUGCGGGCCGUAAUGUACCGGCUGAAGGGAGUGGCUCAAACCCUGACCCACGGAUCCAGCCCUCAGGAGCUGAAUCUGGCCUUUGUCGACAGGACGGGUGAUCAGUGUGGGAACGGGAGCACAGGACAGGAGUUGAGAGAUCAGAACAACCAACUGCUGCAGGAAAACGCUGAGCUGAGACAGAGGCUGCAGAGCAUGCAGGAACAAGGUGAAGUCGUCCAUCAGGCCAUCAGAGACCGAGAUGAAGCCAUUGCCAAGAAAAACUUGAUGGAGAUGGAGUUAGUGAGAAGUAGAAAUGAAAUGAUGUCUUUGAACAACCAGUUAUUGGAGGCCAUUCAACGUAAACUGGAACUGUCACAGGAGCUGGAGGCCUGGCAGGAUGACAUCCAGAUCAUCAUCAACCAGCAGCUGAUUUCCCAGCAGCAGUCAGAGCAGCCUCAAAAGAAGCCCACCACCACAAACGGCAUGUCGUUCUUCCGCAGGCCCAGCAAGACUCCCCCCACUUGGUCACGCCAAUCCUCCUCCUCCUCCUCAACCUGGAGAUCAGAAACUAAUCAGGACAAAACCCAGUCCCCCUGGAGGGACUGGUUAAGACGAGGAAAACCUGCGCAAUAUGGCAAAUAAUGGACACGGUGUUCUGUGAAGAGGAUGUACGAGGAGUGGAGGGCAGAGAAAUCACAUGUAAACCUCCUCAUACGUUCUGUAUGGUGCUUAAGAGCCACUUCAUUCAAUGAUACAUAACGGAGCCAUACUGGACAAAGACUUGUCAAACAGACACUUUUUACUGAAAGGCUGAGCCUUCAUUUAAACCUGAAAUGUGACAAGAUGGAGCACUAUAAUUUUCACCGAGUAACGUUCAAAUAUUUGCCUGAGACUGUAAAUACUGUGCCUUAGUUUGUAUUUACACUGAUGGUCCUCAUUAUGGUGUAAUGUACAUAAUACUGUAAAUUAUUUAAAAGCACAGUCAUGAAUUAAACAUCAGUGUUUGUUUGUAAGUGAACUGAAUUUUUCUCUUAACUUGGAAGUGAGACGUAAGAAACACUGUUUUCAUGUAAAAAUAGAAAGCUUCUUAUUUUUGAUUAAAAAGCAAAUGUGUUUUCUACAUGAUGACAUGGUGAAGUCUGUGUGAAGCAGACACAGACUGUAUGUACUGUAUGUGUAUGUUCUGUGACUCCAUGUUGACAGUAUUGAUGAUGCUUAGUUCAAACUGUGUUUUGCGACCUAAACUGUCUGACUGACCACGUCUGCAAUGAUUGUCAGAUGAUUUCAUAAAACAUAAAGUUUC